AUGCAAUUAAUCCACGUGGAAGCAUUCGCGUCCGUGGCAACCAUCUUCCAACUCCUAGAUUACGCCGUUAAAGCUACCACGAAGGCAGCAAGAUCCAUCCACGAAGUGCACCAUGUCCCUCAGGCUCAGAAUAACAUGCAAACCAGGAUUAAUUUCCUGCAUAGAACACUAGGUCUACUCUCAUCAAAGCUCCGGAGAAGCAGCAGUGGCGGCAUUGUUGGCAGCGGUAUGAGCAAUAUCAGCAAUUACUUCAACUACAAAGAGGAAGAGCAGGAAAUACUCCGAAUGGCGCAGCAAAUCAAUACAGACUGCCAGAACUGUGCGACAAGAUUGGAACAGCUGAGCAUGAGCCAGAAUAAUGUGUCGAUGGGAAGGAGGGUCAUGGACCAGAUCUCUCAGGAGUUUAGAAAGCCGGAGAUUCAGAGGAUAGAAGCCAGGAUUGAAAGGAAUAUGGGGAAUAUGCAGCUCCUGAUGAGUUGUCUACAACUCAAUGCCGAAACCGAUGGAAAUGGAAAUUCUCAAGCACAGCCUCUACCAAUAACCUUGGACACAGAUCAAGAUGCGGGCGAAUGGAUGCAGACAACUGAUAGAGCUUUACAGACUGCUGAUUCAUUAAUUGAUAAGUUGUCUCGCACCAUGUCCAAUCUUAGUCAGGGUUCUGGCGAAAUAGAUGUCCUAUCCAGUACAGGUGAUAUACCCAUAGUGCUGCAACGUGCCUUUGAUGGCACCGCCAAAAUAACUACUCCUGGUCCAUCGGAAUCUCUGGCAUCGUCAGGAGAAACCCACCAUCUGCAGCCAGACCUGAUGACGAGUUUCUUGGAUGCGAGCAUCCACCACGCAAUGGAGAGCCUCGAGUAG